AUGGCUGAGACGGCUGAGAUUGAUCAAUUGGUGGCAAGGGCCAAGGCGGGCGGCGGCAUCGAGCCCUUGGUUGCAUUGCUGACGGCUGGAUCUGAGAAAACCAAGGAAAAUGCUGCACGUGCUUUGAAAUCUUUGGCGUACGGCAAUGCUGACAACAAGGUGCGCAUUGCCAAGGCGGGGGCCAUUGAGCCCCUGGUGGCACUGGUACAUACCGGAUCUGAUGAAGCCAAGGAUUACGCAAAAGUGGCGCUUUCAAACCUGGCUUUCCAGAAUGAGGCCAUCGAGAAGGACAUCGUGACAUCAAGGCAGCCAAGGCAGGAAAAUGCAGCAUGUGCUUUGAAGUAUUUGGCGUACGGCGAUGCUGACAACAAGGUGCGCAUUGCCAAGGCAGCCAAGGCAGGAGCCAUUGAGCCCUUAGUUGCAUUGCUGACGGCUGGAUCUGAGAAAGACAAGGAAAAUGCAGCAUGUGCUUUGAAGUAUUUGGCGUACGGCGAUGCUGACAACAAGGUGCGCAUUGCCAAGGCGGGGGCCAUUGAGCCCCUGGUGGCACUGGUACAUACCGGAUCUGAUGAAGCCAAGGGUUAUGCAAAAGUGGCGCUUUCAAACCUGGCUUUCCAGAAUGAGGCCAUCGAGAAGGACAUCGAGGCAGCCAAGGCUCGGAGCAGUAAGGCGAAGCCUGCAGAGCAAGCGCUUACGGUGCCAUCAGUGCCUUCGGCGCCAUCGGCCUCAUCAGUUGCGCUGCCCUCGGGGAAGGGCGCCAGAGUGGCGAUGUUCUCGGCCCGCUUCGAUGGGGGACAAGUAGAGAAAACCUUCCGCGAAGUGCACCGAAUUCUUCGGGAAAACCGCUAUGACGUCAUGAUGGUUGAAGCGGACAGUGGCGAGAACUUCGGCGACAUGACUACCGCAUACUUGGGCCGACUGCAGCGUGAGAAGGGCAUCAUGCUCUCAGUGUGCACUGAGCACUACGGAGAGAAGACCGCCUCCGCCUACUCCAGCUUCAAAGAGCUGAAAUUUGCCUUAGAUUACGAGGCCGACAUCACGGUUGUGCCGCUGAGGGUGGAAGACAUCUAUCCACCUAGGCCAGGUGGUGGCCCAAAGCACCAGCACGAUCCCGCGUACCUCGCCCAGAGCUAUGUAGUUUCAGUGUUUAAACCCAGCCUUGUCUUCGAAGAUUGUAGAGGCAAGCCGGCAGCAGAAAUUGCUGCUGUCAUUGCUAAGCGUUUGCGAAAGGAGACUGUUUCCACAGCAUCUCCUUCGGGCAGUGGGUGUCAGGCAGCGCGUUGA